CGUGAGGCGCUGACGUCACUCGGAGAGAGCGCAGGAGGCGACAUGGCGGCGGACUCUGCUCCGAAGGUUCUAUUUGAACUUGAAGGAGUCUUCAUCCAUCCGAGCAGUGAUGAAGACGGCAUCGAGCAGGAUUUACUCGUUUCGGGGUCACUUCGGAUUGUUGACAAGGAUGCUGAAAUCAUGGUGGAGUACAGACCUCUGGAAGAUACAGUCGACCCUUCAAACAUGCUGUGUGCUGGAAAGGACUCCAGUUCAGUCAUGGAGUGGGACCAGUGUUCUGGUGAGAAGUCCCACCAGCUGUUAGAAACACAGCAGAGCUACGAGACAGAGUGGGACAUGAUCAACGCCGUGUCCUUCAAGAAGAAGACCUGCACGAAUGGAGAGGGCUCUCUAAACCACAGCCAUGAGAAGAGCAAGUGGGCGUUCAGCUUCAGUGUGGGCGACCUCAGGUCCAUCACAGUGAAGGAGGAAGGUUGGACCUUUCUGCUCCUCAGACUGAAGGAGUCCCACUCUUCCCUGCCUGCUCUGCACUUCCACCAGGGCGGCAGCAAACAGUUCCUGGACUGCCUGAGGAGGUUCGCCCUGCUCACUGAGUCUACAGGAGAUGAAACAUGUCUGUUGGUCAGCACUCCAAACAAAGCUCUGUCUCAGUCCUUUGAGAAUCUUCUGGAUGACAACAACUUUGGCCUCGUUCAUCAGAAAUUCAGGAAGGACCCGUACGUCACCACAUUGGGCGGCUUUUCCAAAGUCACCAACUACAUCUUUGACGCUUUUCGGGGGACAGAGGAGCAGCACCAGCGCCCCCCGGAGGAGGUGGCUGACCUGCUGGGUGAAGUCAUCCCGGGACUGGAGAUCAACCAGCAGGAGGAGCCCGGUUUCGAAGUCAUCACCAGGAUCGACCUGGGGAUGAGGCCUCAGGUGACGAGGAGGGAGCCGCUGUCAGCAGAGGAGUGGGGCAAACAUCAGGAUCGAGAGGGGAGGAUGAUCAACAUCCCACUGCUUAAACAAGUCAUCUUCAAGGGGGGACUUUGUCACGCUGUGAGGAAAGAAGCCUGGAAGUUUCUUUUGGGAUACUUUCCGUGGGACAGCACACUGGAGGAGAGGAAAGUCCUGCAGAGGGCCAAAACUGACGAGUACUUCAGGAUGAAGCUGCAGUGGAAAUCAGUCAGUGAGGAGCAGGAAAGGAGGAACUCCAGACUGAGAGACUACAGGAGUCUGAUAGAGAAAGACGUGAACCGGACAGACAGAACCAACAGGUUCUAUGAAGGCAUUGAUAACCCCGGGCUGGUCCUGCUCCAUGACAUCCUCAUGACCUACUGCAUGUUCGACUUCGACUUGGGUUACGUUCAAGGGAUGAGCGACCUGCUGUCUCCAAUCCUCUACGUGAUGGAGAACGAGGUCGACGCUUUCUGGUGUUUUGUUUCCUUCAUGGACCAAAUGCACCAGAACUUUGAGGAGCAGAUGCAGGGCAUGAAGACUCAGCUGAUACAGCUCAGUACUCUGCUCAGACUGCUGGACCUGGCCUUCUGGAACUACCUCGAGGCUCAGGAUUCAGGUUAUCUGUACUUCUGUUUCCGCUGGUUGCUGAUCAGAUUCAAGAGAGAGCUCAGCUUCCAGGACGUCCUGCGACUCUGGGAGGUGAUGUGGACCGGUCUGCCCUGUGAGAACUUCCAUCUGCUGGUCUGCUGCGCCAUUCUGGACUCAGAGAAACAGAAAAUCAUGGAGGAGAACUACGGCUUCAACGAAAUCCUCAAGCACAUUAAUGAACUUUCCAUGAAGCUGGACAUCGAGGAGAUCCUUCAGAAAGCAGAAGGCAUCAGUCUGCAGAUAAAGAACUGCAAGGACUUGCCCCAGUCCGUCAGCGUCAUCCUGGGCCUGGACUCGGAGCUCAGUGAGCCGACAGACUGUGGAACUCCUCCGGCUCUCAGACCCUCACAGCGAGCCUCACAGGACGCCUGCUCCAAUGGACUCUUGAGACAAAGCAGCUCUCAUAACGGCUGCAAAGUUGCCUUCAUAUCGUAGUGAACAGCUGAUCCGACCAGAGACUGACUCAGUGUGUCAGCAGGAGGAUGCCACGUUGCCACGACAACAGAGACGAGGAGGAGGAGGAGGAGGAUGUAAAAAGGAUUUAAGAUUAUUCAGAAUCUUAUUUUUGUAAUUUCUUGUACCAUAUUGUCUCUUUCAUUCAGAUAGUCAUUCCUUCUCUCCUGAUAGUGAUGUUUUCUAAAGCUCCAUUCACACACGCUUUAACCAUGUGACAGGAUAUUAUGGUCUGUUACAGAUAUGGACAUUCAGCAGGACAGAGACAGACAGAUUAAGGAGAGCUGAAGGGGAGGCAGAGAGCCUGCAGGAGGUGAAUCAAAACUCUCCCUCCUUCAUAACUCAGACAUGAAACACAUGAUGAUAUCACUCAGUAGGACUGAUCAUUAGAGCGAACGUCCAUAAAACUCAGAGAUCCACUUUAAAAAUCAGAGGACAGGAUUUAAACAAUAAAUAAUUCUCACAGCAGGUGUGUGUGGGCGUCACAUGACCCUCCUUCAGUAUUAAUCAUCUCAUAUGAAAUGGAAUAAAAGCAAAUGUUCAUGUUGAUUUCC